AGGCAAAAAAAGAUGUUAGUCAGCUGACCAGAAAUGAAGUUGCUGUUAAAUAUAUUUUGUUUCAGACUAUCACUUGUUGUAAAGACAGAAGCAACAUCAGGGAGUCUCCAACAAUGAGUGACUCCUUGUCCUGCAGCAUCACAUGAUCGGGACAAUCGGACUGAUCUCAACCAGCAACAGCAGACUAUGGCCUCACAACGGACAGCCUGCCCUUUCCCUUCUGGACUAUCACAAGUGAAUCUCUCUGUUUGACACUUCCUUUCUUUGGUCUACUUUUACUGCCUUCCCUUUUCUCGCUUGCCUUUAUUCUGUGAGCGUCCUGUAGUCUGUGUGUGAUGGAGGACUCGGAGCCUGUGCAGCCCAGCCUCAACUCCUCCUACAUCCCGGGUGCUCUGGGCCACCAGCAGUUAUCUGAGGAUGAGGAGAGCGAGGAGCAGAACCCCUCAGCCUCCCUGCUGCCCAAACAAUCCUCAGUGCCUCUGGCCGUGCGCUACAGUCCAGAGGACUCUUACUUUCUGGUUUACAUCAUCUUCUUUCUGAUGGGCAUCGGCUCCCUGCUGCCCUGGAACUUCUUCAUAACAGCAAAACACUACUGGCUCUACAAACUGAGCAACGACACACAUCACAGCGGCAGUGAGGAACAACGCUCAGACCUCAGCGACUACUUUGAAAGUUAUCUGGCCAUUGCCUCCACGGUGCCCUCUGUGCUCAGUCUGAUACUCAACUAUGUCCUGGUUAACAGGGUGUCCUCAAACGUGCGGAUCCUGUCCUCCCUUUUUGUGAUCCUGCUGGUGUUUGUGGUCACCACGGUGAUGGUGAAGGUGGACGUGUCUGACUGCAGGACGGAGUUCUUCAUCGGCACGCUGGUCAGUGUGGCUGUGGUCAGCGCAGCCUCCAACGUCUUCUCUGGCAGCAUGUUCGGCAUCAGCGGGCAUUUCCCCAUGAGGAUCUCUCAGGCUCUCAUAUCAGGCCAGGCCAUGGGGGGCACUCUGAGUGCUCUAGCAUCAAUAGUGGACCUGUCCGUGGCGAAGGAUGUGAUGGACAGCGCUCUCGCCUACUUCCUCACAGCCGACGUCUUCAUCCUGCUCUGCAUCAUCACAUAUCUGCUGCUGCCCAAGUUUGCAUACACUAGACACUACAUGAUGGCAGCGACGCACCUUGGUUCAGGGGGGACGAGCGAGGGGGCCGUCUCUGUCCCACCGCUGCGGCCGAUCCUCAGGAAGACAUGGGUGCUGGGCCUGAGCGUCUUCUACGUCUUCUGUGUCUCCAUCAUGGUGUUCCCUGCAGUCUCCUCAGGGAUCCAGUCUGCCAAUAAAGACAGUGGCAGCCCCUGGACCACCACUUACUUUGUGCCCAUCACCAGCUUCCUCCUGUACAACAUAUCGGACUUCUGUGGCCGGCAGUGCACGGCCUGGCUGCAGGUCCCUGGGCCGACCAGCAGGGUCCUGCCUGCCCUGGUGCUGUGCCGCUCCGUCAUGGUGCCCCUCCUCAUGUUCUGUAACUACCAGCCCAGGGACCACCUCAACACUGUGCUUUUCGGCCACGACGUGUUCCCUGUGGUCUUUAACUGCCUGCUAGGCCUCACUAAUGGCUACUUAGGCACUCUGCCGAUGAUUUACGGCCCUAAGGUGGUCCCUCGAGAGCUGGCCGAGGCCACAGGAGUCGUCAUGUCCUUCUUCCUCACUCUGGGCCUGGCUGUAGGAUCUGCUUUCUCUGUGCUGAUUGUGCACUGCAUCUGACCAGGCUGUUAUCCUCUACAGGUGUGUAGUUGAACUAUACAGCAGACAGUGGCUGGACAGCAGAGACUGAUGAAGACUACCAGCACACCAGUGUUCUGACAUGAGGGGAACAAAGCGAUAAUAAUUUAAACUAACUAAAAAGCAUUUUUGCCUCUAACUCUACAGUAUUGUGUUUACUCUAAUGUGGGUGGCUCAUGAUGUUAGCCUUACUGUAUCUGCAACAUUAGCAAUGUGUGCAGUUCAUUAGUAAGACCUCAUCACAUCUAUUUGGUACAAGGGGUGAACAUUUGUGGUACAUAUAAAAUUGUGAUGCCAAGGUUGUUAAAUGUUAUAUUAAUUCUCACUAACAAUGUGUGGAUAGAAAAGAUCGGGGUUCUUACACUUUCCGCCACAUUUUUUAAAUCCAUAUGACAGUGUCUUAUCUUAUAUCAGCCUGAAAAAAUGUCUUGACUCAGUGGGGCCAUUUUCUUACUUGUAAACUAAUCUGAACUGCAAUGUCAUCAAUCAGGGAUCUAGCAUCUUUUCAAAAAUAUAUUAAGUUUAUUUCCAGUAGCUUACACUUCAUGUAACCCAUCGACACAAGCCAUAACAGAUGUUAUACUGCACUGGGCAAGUAGUACACCUUUUUAUUAGGGAUUCUAACGUAUAAGUCUAUUUUUUUUUUUUUUCCCCAAUAGCUUCUGUCAUGUGACCCAGUGACUCCCAAUCAAUUCAGUAUUGUAUAACACGGAGGAUACACCUCUCAAUUCAAUUUGAAAAUGUGUGGUAGAAAUAAUUGUAAUUUCUAUCCAAUCACUUACACUUUCAUGACUGACUCCCAAACCAUAAAAAUGUAAAUAACCUGGA